AUGGUACUGGUAAACAGUGAAGCGGGGGAUUCAUCACGAAUCAAUUUCCACCUUCGUCGUACGUGCACCAACGACUCCAUAGAGCAUAUAGUCUCUGGUUGUGUUCGUAUGCUGCUGGAAGAAUGUGAUACCGUGGGACGUGUGGUACUUCAGAAACUGCUUUCCGUACUGGAUGGUAAUCCGUUGACUGAUGCUCUUGCUGCCAGCCUUAUACCAGCUCUGUUACACACCAUGCGUAAUUGCGGUGAUCUCAGCAUUCGUGUGCUGUCUGCACAAUGCCUAGGUCGACUUGGUGCAGUGGACCCGGGAAGAAUCGGGUCAUCUAAUGGCACAUCUACGCAGGAUCAGAAGAAAAUGGUUUUUGUCGAUGAUGCUAAAGAGUUCUACGUGGAUAUCUUGGAACGUGCAUGGCGUGUUUACUCUAAUAUAUUAGAUGCAGAUGUACUCGAUCAAGUGGAAUACGCCCUUCAGUCGCUACUCUCUGAACUCGUAGGGAAAUCGGACGAGUUUGGAAUCAUGGAGCGGCUGAGCGAUGAAUGCCGACGAGACAUUGAACCGUUUCGAAGCAGUAGUCUGGUGCAGACGCAUGAUCGAAGAGGACCAAUUAAGGAAAGGUGA